UGCACCUCCUCCCCCCGCAUUAACGCUGCUGCUGCUGCCUUCAAAGACACCAAGCUCUCAGCAUGUUGUGGACACCACAUUCUGGACUGUAAACUUUUUUUUUUUUGAUUUGUUAUUUAGUUUUCUGGACCGUCAUGGAAUACUGGAGGCAGUGCGCCCUGUGGCUGAUCGGCUGCAAGGUGUUGCCAGUCAACCAUCGCCUCACGGCGGACUCGGCGCACGCCUUCGACCUGGCGCAGACUCUGCGGGACGGCGUGCUGCUGUGUCAGCUGCUCAACAACCUGAGGGCCCGCAGCCUCGACCUGAAGGCCAUCAACCUCCGGCCGCAGAUGUCCCAGUACCUGUGCUUGAAGAACAUCCGCACCUUCUUGACGUGUUGCUGCAACGAGUUCGGCAUGAAGAAGAGUGACCUUUUCGAGGCUUUCGACCUGUUCGACAUGCGGGACUUCGGAAAGGUCAUGGACACACUCUCCAAGCUCUCCAACACAGCAAUAGCACUGCAAGGAGGCUUCAAGCCUUUUCCCACAGAAAGUAUCCUAAAAGAUGAGGACAUUUACAACCACCUGGAAGACCUGAUGGAUGAAAACUCCAUGGAGGAUGAGGAAGACUUGUACGCGGUGGUCUACAGGCUGGAAGAAGACCACGCAGGCGGGGAGAUUUACGAGGACCUCAUGAGGACCGAACAGCAGAAGCCGAUGGAGUCAGACGUCCGAAGCUGCUGCCUCUCUGAGAUCAAACAGACGGAGGAGAAGUACACGGAGACGUUGGAAUCCAUCGAGAAGAAUUUCCUCAACCCUCUGAAGAGGUUUUUCUCCGCGGCUGAAAUGGACAAAGUUUUUGUCAACAUUCCAGACUUGGUCAAGGUCCACAAGAGCCUGAUGGUGGAUGUUCAAGACUCCAUCCUGAACAAGAACGCUUUGAACCUCUACCAAAUUUUCAUCAGCUACAAAGAGAGGCUUCUCAUCUACAGCAUCUACUGCAGCCGGGUGGAGAUCGCCAUUGCAGUCCUGGACCUCAUCUGCAAGGAGAAGGAAGACGUUCGCCUCAAGUUGCAGGAGUGUUCCAAGAGGGCCAACAAUGGCAAGUUCACCCUGAGGGACCUGCUGGUGGUCCCCAUGCAGAGAGUCCUCAAGUACCACCUUCUCCUCCAGGAGCUCGUCAAGCACACUCCCAACGCUGUGGAGAAGACCAACCUGCAGAUGGCGCUGUACGCCAUGAAGGACCUGGCGCAGUUUGUCAAUGAAGUCAAGAGAGAUAACGAGACCCUGCGUGAGAUGGACCAGUACCAGCGAUCCAUCGAGAACCUGAACCAGUCUCUGAUCAGCUACGGCCGUCCAAGAGGAGACGGGGAAGUGCGCAUUGUGUCCAACUUUGACAAGAGGAAACAGGACAGACACAUAUUUCUGUUUGACGUGGCCACCGUGGUCUGCAAGCGACGCGGCGAUAACUACGAGAUGAAGGACGUCCUUGACCUCAACGUCUUCAGGAUCACCGACAACCCCACCUCGGACAAGGAGGGCAAGAAGUGGUGUUACAGCUUCUACGUGACUCACCAGCAGGGCCACACCGGCUUUGAAUUCUUCUUAAAGACCAGAGAGCUGAAGAAGAAAUGGCUGGAUCAGUUUGAAGCCGUCGUCUCCAACAUCCGACCUGAAUUUGCCAACCACAACGACCACCAGUUCAAGAUGCACACCUUUGACCGGAUUCUUUCCUGCAGCAUCUGCCAUCUCCUGCUAAGGGGGAUCUUCAACCAGGGCUACCUGUGCCUAAAAUGUGGACUUGCCGUCCACAAGGAGUGUUUGGGUCAGCCUGGACUCUGCAGGACGGAAUCUUCCAAACUGAGGUCCAAGGAGAGCACAGCGCUUCCAGACCCAGGUCUGCCCCGGAUGCUGGUGAUCAGAGACUACCAGGGUGCCCCCUGCCCCCCGUGCGGCCCCCCGCUGUGCGCUCGCACGGGCGACGUGAUCGGCCUGAUGUUCGCCGACCUGCACAGCUCCUGGUGGCAGGGCAAAAUCCUGGCAAGCGGCAAGAUUGGCUUCUUUCCAAGCGACGCUGUGAGGCCUUCCCCCUGUCUCCCAAAGCCCGUGGAUUACUCAGCACAGCUCUGGUUUGCAGGGCCGAUGGAGAGGUACCAGGCCGAGGUGGAGCUUCAGGACCAAGGAGACAGCACCUAUCUGGUUCGGCACAGGAGUAAAGAGUGCACUGAGUACGCCAUUAGUAUAAAGUUCAACCACACAGUCAAGCACAUUAAGAUUCUGACCAAGGACGGCUGCUUCUACCUCGAAGAGAGUCGCCUCUUCAAGACCGUGCUGGACUUGGUGGAAUACUACAAGCAGCAUUCGUUAAAAGAAGGCUUCAGCAGUCUCGACACCACUCUGCGAGUCCCUUACCGGGAAUUCAACAACGAGAACUCGCCUUGGGCCCAGACCAAGACUGGCAGCAUUCCUCCUGGUGGUUGCAGCUUUGUUCCUCCCUCCUCCUCUCCUUUCUGGUCAGUGUUUUGUCCCAGGGUCGUGUCCGUCGCCGUGGCUCGCUACGACUUCCACUCCAGAGACACGUGGGAGCUGCCGCUACUGCAGGGAGACGUGGUCCAAAUCCACACCAAGACGUCCAACGGCUGGUGGAAGGGAGAGGUCGGCGGCAGAGUGGGCUGGUUUCCUUCUACUUUUGUAGAAGAGGAUUGACUUCGCUGACUUGGACUUGGACGUCCAUGUGACCUCCACCACAGCAGGGUGCCGUGGCUGCUCCCUCGCGUGAUGUCGCUCAGAGAAAACUAACAGGAAACGCUCUCUAGAAACUUCCUCCCUGCCUUCUGACGGAUGCGGAGCACAUGUCGAGUCGAGGAUUCCGGAAAGCAUCAUUCGGCAAGUGCUUCGGUGUUCCGAUUGCCGUUCUCCCCUCCUUCCUCGGUGACUCACCUUGUCUUAUUAUUGAUGAUGACUCAGUGACAGUCGCCAUAUUCGGGUUGGCUGACAAACUGGAGGUCCCACGCGCUCCAGUGGGGUGUGAAUAAACGUGUUAUUGAUAUUUACAUGAUGAAGCCUGACCCCCACAGGAAGUGGCGAAAAAUUACGCAGGAUUUGAUUUUGGGGCCAAAAGUCACCACAUUCUUCGUCUUGGUACAAGAUGCUUUAUUAUUGUCCAUUCUUUAACAUGUACAAGACAUAUAGUAAGAACUGAAAUGACAUUUUCGGCACAGUCCCGCUAAGAGCAGACAUACGUUACAGGGAGACAAGAAUAGGACCUUAAAAAAAGGUGGUAAAAAGGGGAUAUUGGGAAAGGAGGGAAGAGGAAUAAAUAUCUGUCAAAUGCUGGACCCUGGGGUGGGGGUCCAGACUGAGUCCAAGUGAAAAAACUUAACUUGCCAUAGCACACAUAAACAUCCAUCCAUCCGUCUUCUUCCGCUUAUCCGAGGUUGGAAUGCGGGGGCAGCAGCAUUAGCAGGGAAGCCCAGACCUUCCUCUCCCCAGCCACUACUCUUCCCAGGGGAUCCUGAGGUGUUCCCAGGCCAGCCGGGAGGCAUAGUCUUCCCAACGUGUCCUGGGUCUUCCCCGUGGCCUCCUACCGGUCGGACUUGCCCUAAACACCUCUCUAGGGAGGCGUUUGGUUGGCAUCCUGACCAGAUGUCCGAACCACCUCAUCUGGCUCCUCACCAAGUGGAGGAGCAGCGGCAUUACUUUGAGCUCCCCCCGGGUGGCAGAGCUUCUCAACCUAUCUCUAAGGGAGAGACCCGCCCCCUGGCGGAGGAAACUGGAGGCCGAUAAAGCACUACUCAGCCGUCCAUCACCCCGAAGGGGAAUCAAGCGGUGGUGAAGGCGUGGGGUGGUGGGUGGGGGGGGUGUUUGUGUACAUGCCCUUUGUCUUUGGGUGUUGUGUUCAUUGGCAUGCAAUGCAAGCAAGGUUCGACUUCCAGCUGUCGUUGAGGAGGGAGGGAGGUCAAAAGCGUCCAUCUUUAAAGAGUCCCCGGGGAUGUGUUCAAAACAGCCUGCUCCUGUUGUUGCGGCGCCAAGGCCAUUCGGGGGAAUCAAAAAUCGUAGAUUAGGAUUUUUGUUUUUCCGCGAGCAGACAUUACAAUGGCUUGUCUGUUCUAUUCGUCCAUGUUGGCUCUCAUAUCCAAUAUUUCCCUUUCAACAAGCUUCUUCCAUGACGUGAUCCAUCUUGCGAUUCAGUUCAGAAAUCGCCCCAGACUGUGAUCCCAGAGCCCGACGCAAUCCUACCAUUGCGACGAACAGCCUUUGGGCUCCUUGAGUAGCUGCCAUCGUCUUGCGAAUAUGACGAUACACCACAGCGAUGUUCAGCAGGUGCCCCGCGAUCACGGUUCCAAAUUGGUAGAUGUCUUUCUCGUCCUCGGUGGAAAGGACUGGGAGGCACAUGAUUCUCCAUUUGUCCCAGGAAUCUCUCACGUACCCCACGGUUCUGGUCCCAUCAGGACAGCCCGGCACCCCCAAACCUUUUUUCCUCGUCGAAUUCUAUGUUUGAUGUUUAGAUUUGGAGGACAGCGCAAAGAAAGAGGCUUCAAAAAAAGUGUAGACAAGACAAAGAGAACAAGCAAGGAAAAGACGGGAGGAGAAAAAACUAAUGCGACUGCCCUCACCAAAGGCGUUAGUUUGAUGGCCUUCUUCCAGACCAAACUCAUCCAAGCAUGCCUUUUCUGGACUAGGAACAGAAAAGUGUCUUCUUGACCAAACCGCCCUUCCCCCGUUUGUUUGUUCGUAAUCAGGAGUACAUAAAAACUUUUAACGCUUUACAUUUUUACGCAAUAGGGAAUAAAAGUGUACUUUUCCCCCCCAGACAUGAAAGCUGGUUGUUCCACCACUAGUCUGUUUCAGCACAUUUGGCAACCCCGAACCCUUCGUUUUUUUUAAAAACGUGGCAGAGUCGUCAUCGUCUCAGGAAAUGAUCUUUGAAGGCGUCUGUGGGGGGUGGGUAUGCACGUCCUUUGAUGUUUUAGGUCUUGGUUUCUUCGUUUAAAAGCUCCAAAAAGAAGCUUUUUGAAGUUAUUUGAAUUUUUUCUGUUCAAAUCUCGCACGAGGAAUGAUUCAAGGCUGAUGUAACUCACGUUCACUAGAAAGUGUCGAGCCUCGCUAGAACACAAACACCUUCUGGCAGACAGGAACACUUUCUUUUACACAUCAAAGCGUUGUGGACUAUUGUUUAGGUAGUUGGUCCUCAAAAACAGCUGAACAAACACUCCGAGGGAGCAUCUUUGACUGGCAAUGUGGUCCUUGAAACAGCCGAGUGGUUCCGUCAUACAAAAUAUCUUUGACUAGUGGUUUGCUUUAUAGGUCCUUCAAAUCCCCAGACUACAAAGCACUCAUCUCAUAUAAUUGAUAUUUGACACUGGUUUUUGCAGCUGGUCCUCAAAAAUUGCAAAGCGCUCUUGUAAUGAAGAAGAUCUUUGACUUGGGUUUUUGUUGUAGGUCCUUGAAACACCCGAAUGCAGUUCCCUGCUAACAAAUAAAUAAUUUCUAACUCAUAAUUUCCAGUUGGUCCUCAAAAACAGCUGAACAAACACUCCGAGGGAGCAUCUUUGACUGGCAAUGUGGUCCUUGAAACAGCCGAGUGGUUCUGUCAUACAAAAUAUCUUUGACUAGUGGUUUGCUUUAUAGGUCCUUCAAACCCCCAGACUACAAAGCACUCAUCUCAUAUAAUAGAUCUUUGACACUGGUUUUUGCAGCUGGUCCUCAAAAACUGCAAAGCGCUCUUUUAAUGAAGAAGAUCUUUGACUUGGGUUUUUGUUGUAGGUCCUUGAAACACCAGAAUGCAGUUCCCUGCUAACAAAUAAAUAAUUUCAAACUCAUAA